AUGGUCUCUUUGGUCCUGUGCGCGUUACUGGCAGCUGGCACCACCUAUGCCUUGGUGCCUAUGCCUGGUGCCUCGCCUUGGCUGGAUACGUCCAUGUGCGCCCCGACCGACUCCCUCAUGAUGUGCCAGCUGAAGAAGGGCCAGUGCUCGCCCCUCAACACGGUCUUCUCCCCCCCCGGCGGUCCCAUCAAGACCAUCACCGACUGUGCCAACGCCACCGGUCUCGUCCUCGGCCCGCAGUUCUUCAUGAGCGCUGGCCUGGCCUUCAUUACGGGCAGCCCGGAGUCUCUGCCGGACAAGACGACGGCCGACACCGCGACGGCGACCGCCAUCCGCCGCUGCGCCCUCAACGCCACGGGUUUGCUGAACGCCGACAUGGUGACUGUGAACCGCACCGCCGUCGCCGCCCUCGUCGCCAACGCCUUCAGCCCCCCCGCCCUGGGCGCCGCCGUCGCCUCCGCCGUCGCCUCGUGCCCCGAGCCCGUCGACUGCAAGAUGUCCGACUUCAUGACCUGUCUGCGAGCCGCCUGCAUGAGCAGCGUGUCCGGCAGCCCCUUCAUCAAGAUGGCGUCCGCGGCGCUCACCUCGCCGCCCAUCCCGCCCGCCAUCGCCGCGCCCCUCGCCACCCCGCUCGCCAAGAAGCCCGCGCCCAUCCCUGCGCCCCCGAAGGUCGCCCCGCCCGCCCCGCCCAAGGCCGCCGCGCCCGCCGGAGCUCCUGGCGCCGCCGGGGCGCUCGCCGGCUCGACGGCCUACAGCGCCGGCGGCGUCGCGUACCCCGGGGUCGGGUCGGCGCCGAUCUCGCCCUUUGGGGGCGUCUUCCCCACCUCCGCCUACGCCUCCUCCUUCAUGGCGCUGCCCGCGGCCUUCGAGUACCCCGGCAUGUCCCCGGCCCUCACCGGCGCCGCAUAG